AUGGAGAACCCCGAGGAGAUUAACAAACUCCCUGGUGGCCUCCGUCAUCUUCGGGUGCGUGAUGCUGACGAACUGGCCAAGUAUGCAAUCCCCGUCAAGCAUGUGCCCCGUCCGGGUUUCAAUACGACGGGUAAAGAAAUCGAGGUGUCCAUGAAUGCCUUCAACAUCACCGCGUAUCCCACCAAAAAUGUCUACCAAUACGACGUUCACAUUGGCUCUGGUGCCGAGAAGGAUAUUGUCAUCAAGAAGGUCUGGAACUCCAAUGCUAGAAAGCAAGCUCUGAAGCAGAUCGUCUUUGAUGGUCAGAAACUCGCAUGGUCGACCAACAACUAUGCCAAGGGCGUCAAUAUCUUGGUCGACCUCGAUGCUGAGCAGGGACGCCCGGGAGGCAGAGCAAAUAAUUCGUUCCGCCUCGUCGUGAGACCAACCAAAACCGUCAAUCUCUCUGUCCUUCACUCUUGGCUUUCGGGACAAACUUCCAUCUCAGACGCCGUGCUUGAGGCCCUGAAUUUUCUCGACCAUGUCCUCCGCGAAUACCCAAGCACCAAAUUCCUGGCGCUCCGCCGUUCUUUCUUCGAUUCCAAUGGCGAAAACAAAGACCUGGGCGGUGGUGUGCUCGCCUUCAAGGGAGUUUACCAGGCAAUCCGUCCCACUAUCGGCAAGUCUCUUGUUGUGAAUAUCGAUGUCUCAAACUCCUGCUUUUGGGCACGUACUUCUUUUGUCGGAGCAGCCAUGGCUGUGCUCGACAGCCGUGACCAUCAACAUCUUGCCCAUCAGUUGGCUCCCGUUUCGGACCGCCACGGCGGCACUACUGAGUCGACUGGCUUCUAUGAGGUCCAUCGGCGGCUGAGAAAGAUCCAGGUGCAGCCCAACUACGCCAACUGCCCCCUCAAGGGUACCACCUUCACAGUGAAGGGCCUCAUCAACUCCAACGCCCGGGAUUACACUUUCGAAAUGACUGAUCGCGCCACUGGGUCGAAAAGAAAGAUCAGCGUUGAGGCGUACUUCAAGAUGAAGUACAACCAUGUUCUGCAGAAGUGGCAGCUUCCCUUGGUGGAAAUGACUAAGAAAGGAGUCUUCUACCCCAUGGAGGUCUUGACCAUCCACGGUCUUCAAAAGUACCCUUGGAAGCUCAACGAUAUUCAGACGUCGCAGAUGAUUCGUUUUGCUGCUGCGCGUCCCUCUGACCGUCUCGCCUCCAUCUUCAAGUCGAAGAAGAUGCUUGAUCACGCCCAUGAUCCGGUCCUCAACACGUUUGGCCUCAAAAUCAGUGACGACAUGAUUCGGACCAAGGCACGCCUUCUGCCCAACCCUGAGCUUCAGUUCGGCGGAAACCAGAAACUCAAUCCGGGAACCAAUGGUCGAUGGGACUUGCGAGGGAAAAAGUUCUAUCAGCCUAACAAGAAGCCUCUCGAAAGCUGGGGUGUGGGGUUCUUCCCUGGCAAACGGAAUGCCAUCAACCGUACCCAAGUUGAGAAGUUCGUGGACGAGACGAUGAAAAUCUAUGGCGGCCAUGGGGGCAAAGUUACUCAACGCCCACUCGUUAUGGAGCUCAAGGAGGACAUCGCUGUCGCUAUCAAGAAUCUUUACAGCGCAACCGGACAGAAGUUUCAAAAGGACCCCCAGCUUCUGGUGGUCAUUGUUGCUGACAAGAACUCUUUCAAUUACACCAGAAUCAAGAAGUCUUGCGACUGCCGCUGGGGCGUGCCUUCUCAGCUUCUGCAAGCGGCGCAGGUCGCCAAAAACAACCCCCAGUACAUCUCCAAUGUACUCAUGAAGGUCAACGCUAAGCUGGGUGGCACGACCGCGAAGAUCAUUCCUAAGACGCCGGAUGCUACGCUGAAGCCCAUGUCGAUGAUCAUCGGCGCCGACGUGACUCACUCACCCUUGGGGGUGUGGUCGCCUUCGAUGGCUGCCAUUUCUGUCUGCGCAGACACGUUUGGUGGCAGAUAUUGGGGAGCGUGCGAAGCCAACGGGGAGCGAAAUGAAAUAAUCAAUCGCGCCAAUAUGGAACACAUGUUGACUCCCCUCGUCCGUGAAUGGAUGAGCACAGUUGGAGGGGGUCGUGCUCCUUCCAACGUCUAUUACUUCCGCGAUGGCGUGUCCACAGGACAAUUCGAACAUGUGCUGCAACAGGAGGUCUUCAACAUGAAGGCCAUCUUCAUGAAACUUACCCAAGAACAAUGGAAGGGUAAGUUUACCGUUGUCGUCGCCAACAAACGCCACCAUCUUCGGGCCUUCCCCAGGGUUGGCAAUCCCACACUCGACAAGAAAUCCAUGGCCGAUAAAAACGGCAACCCAGUCCCCGGGACACUUAUCGAGAGGGAUGUUACCAGCCCCCACGAUUGGGAUUUCAUUCUGUACUCUCAUAUCGCCUUGCAGGGUACUUCGCGUCCCGUGCACUACCACGUUAUUCUGGACCAGAUCGGGCACAAGGCUCAUGAGCUCGAGAACAUGAUCUAUGAUCAUUGUUACCAGUACAUGCGGUCAACUACUUCAGUGUCGCUAUUCCCUGCCGUGUAUUACGCCCACUUGGUCUCCAAUCGGGCCCGUUGCCACGAAGAUGUCCCCGCCAGCUCUGGACCUCAGAGUGGUCCUGAAGUUAAGCUUACCAACCCGAAGCCCAAAGAUCGCCCCGUGGAUCCCAGGCUACUUCCACUGUGCGGCUCGUCCAACCGACUACCAUUUGGAAUGUGGUACAUCUAG